GCGAUGCCUGUAUGACGUUCCUUCCGAGAGCAUCCUGGAAGCAAGCGCGGCUUUGACGGUUUGUCUGGUGUGGCAUGCUCGAAGAGGGCCCUGAACUCACGACUGCAUGCAUACAUGCACCGACGCCCCGGCGCAUUGUCGCACACCGGCGCACCGGCGCACGAACCUCCACUUGGCGUGCGGGCGCAGGCUACUCCCACCUGCCGAUGGAGUAGACUAUAAAGCCUCCUUGUUUCGAGCCAUUGCACUCCUCUCCCUCGCCACCAUCACCCACUUGCUUCUCAAGCUUGACACACCACAUCUCUCAAAGCGUCUAUCAUGUCAUUGCCUACCGUCAAGCUCGUGUCUGGCCGGUCUGUGCCGCGACUCAGCUUCGGCAUUGGAACGCAGCAUUACCAGAGUGAUGCCAGUUCGCAAGUCUCCAAAGCGUUGAGCGCAGGCUUCACUUUUCUAGAUGCCGCCGAAGUGUACAGCAACACAAAGAGCAUGGGUAAAGCUGUCAGCGAGCAUCUGAGCUCGGGCGUAGCGAGCCGCAAGGAUUUGUUCCUUCUCACCAAGCUGGGCUCACGCGGUAUCCCAGAUCCCCUUGAUGAGACGAAGAAAGAGUUGUCUGAUAUCGGAGUGAGCGACAAAUUGGACGCCGUCCUGCUGCACUACCCGCCUAGAGGCAAGAAUGGAGCGCCUAGCAACAUCGAGGCAUGGAACAGGCUGGAGAAGGUCAAGGAUGCAGGUCUGGUGGAUGUGAUUGGAGUGAGCAACUGGACGGCAAAGGACAUCGAGGAGCUUCUGGCUUCCAAGCCCAAACACAAGAUCGAGAUCAAUCAGGUGGAGCUCAACCCUUUCCUCUACUCUCAUCCCGACAUUCAAGCUUUGCUCAAGCUGCAAGAGAGAGAGGGCAUCGCGACCAUGUCGUAUGGCUCUUUGACCUCUCAGUACAAAGACUUGAAGCCUGACAGCAAGUUCCAACAAACCUUGGAAAGCGUGGCGAGCAAGCACGGCGUCUCGCCAGGCACGGCACUCCUCUACUGGAACUUGCAGCGCACAAACGGUAUUGUUGUGACGACGAGCGGCAAGGAGGAGAGGAUGAAACAGUACGUCGAGGAUAUCAAGAAUAUCAAGACGCUCAGCGAGGAGGAACUCAGAUCCAUCGAGGAUGCUGCUGCAGCAGAGGGUGCCAAGGGAAAGAAGUACUACAUGAAUCCUUUCUGGGAGCCUUGAGAGCAACGACGUCGACAAAGUCUAGAAGUGCGCCUGCCUUUGCGCUGCGCUCAGUACAUCAACUACAUCCUG